AUGACGAACAACAGAUUAGAUACCCGAAUAGAUUCUCUUGAUGCUAGCAUAUCAGACUUGAUGUCAGUUGACUAUGCAUCCAAAUUGUCGUAUUAUCCCAACAAGGGAGUAUGUGGUCUACCAGAAGUUUUUGAUGAUGAAUGUCAAUUAAAUCUCAAAGUUGAUGAGCUUGCAAAUCUGGUUCAUGAGUCUAAAUACGUGGUUGUUCACACUGGAGCUGGUAUUAGUACAUCAACAGGAAUACCAGACUUUCGGGGUCCCAAUGGUGUAUGGACGUUAGAAAAGUUGGGAAAGAAACCUAAACUGUCUGUCUCCUUUGAAAAGGCUGUUCCAUCUCUAGCACAUCGAGCACUUGUUGAAAUGGAAAAACGUGAUAUUAUUCAGUUCUUAGUAACUCAAAACAUCGAUGGACUGCACUUGAGAUCUGGUUUUCCAAGAGAUCGUUUGGCUAUUUUACAUGGUGAUAUGUUUCUUGAGUCAUGUCAUGCUUGUGGAACUAUGUACGCUCGGUCAACACCUUCCGAAACAAUGGGUCUUCGGAAAACAUCAGUUUCAUGUAUACAUUCAAAGCUAAAUAACCGACAUUGCAGGGGCAAACUACAUGAUACUAUUCUUGACUGGGAAGAUGACCUUCCAGAGUUAGAUUAUAAUCUCGCAAUAGAACACUCAAAAAAGGCAGAUCUGCAUAUAUGUAUUGGAUCAUCAUUACAGAUGUUCCCUGCUGCAGGUCUUCCAUUAAUUAAUUAUCGUAGAACUAUAAAGAGCAGGGGGAACAGUAACUUCCAUCCUGUUAUUCAGAAGAGUUACAAAGAUGAAGAUCUGACGAAAAAUAUUAACCCCAAACUAGUCAUUGUUAACCUACAACCAACUAAGUUAGCCAAAUAUGCAACUUUAAACAUUCAUGCGCAAGCUGAUAUGGUUAUGAGAAUAUUAUGUGAAAAAUUGGCUAUAAAUAUCCCACCUGAACCAAAACUUUCCGAUGAUGAAUUAUAUUUACCAACUAUUGUUUUAAGAUCAAUUCAUUCCAAGUUGGAAAUGUUAAAUCCAUGGCGUAUUCUCCCUCAUCCCAAUAAUGAACAUAAUAUUGAAAUUGCCCAAACUAGUAAGCAGUGUAUAGAAAAAUUAACUAAAAAUGAAGAUCAAGCCAGCUGCCUUCAGUCUACAAUCAAAUCAGAUGAACCACAUUGUUCUAUGAAUUCACUAAAAACAUCUCUUGCUUUUGUAUAUAAAGCUGAACGUAUAUCGUGA